ACGUAUCUAAAAAUGCAUCAAAUGGAUAAUUUUUUAUCAUAGUUACGUAUAUUGAUAAACACAUUAUCUUAUUUUAUAUAAAUUCUGUAUCUUUCAUUUUGGCUUACAGUGUGUCUACAAAUAUGGCUAAAAUAGUGACUGUUUUGUUUACCAUUGGGGCUGUUGCAGUUUUGUCGGCUGCAAAAAAAGAACCUACAGAAUGUUAUCACUGUUCACUUAUUGAUGGAACCCGUUGCAAUGACCCAGAUCUAUCUAAAAUUACAAAACAAAGUUGCUCAGAUAUACCCACAAACAAGAAUACAACCUCAGACGUGGUAUGCUAUACUGUUACCGCUACCUGGUUGGGUCAUCCGAUAACCGAAAGAGGAUGCUACUACACAGAGAUGGAAGGAGAAGAUGUUUGUUCGUAUUUCUAUAGAACGGAAGCUAAUGUUCCCUUUACUUACGAUUAUACAUGUAAAUUGUGUUAUGAUGAUCUCUGCAAUGAUAAGCCAAGAUAACUUGUGUGAUUUAUCUGUCUCACUGUUGUAGUACUUAGAUCUUUAUUUUUAUGAAUAAAAUCCAAGUUAAUAAUGAA